UGGUGCCAUCGUAGGAUGCCCGUCCGUGAGGCUGCCGCAGUUCCCACGGUGGGCUGGGGGCCCUUGGCUCGAUCCACGUGGGCUCCCGCCGGCCUGGCCGGUUCUCCGAAGCUCCCGGGGCAGAGGCCGCCGGCGAACGCUCCUCCUCUGCGGGAGGCAGGCAAGGACUCGGGGUGGGGCUUUGCCGAGCGAGAAUCCAGAGUGCGGCCAGCCCGGGGAAGUUGCCAGGGCCGAGCACCCCGGAGAGGCGAGGCUGCCGCCCACCCGCCUCAGCCAGCAGGGGCCAUGCGAUGCUCCCUGAAACGCUCCCUCACAGCUCUGCUCGCUGCCUCCUUCCUCAUCCUCCUCUUGCUCCUCUAUGGGGACAGUCAGCAGGAACAGGAUCUCCUGGAGGUGGAGCUCAGGGGCCUGGCUCCUGACAGGAUCCUGCUGCAGCCAGAGGGAGCCCAGCGCAUCCUCAGGGACACAGCUGAGCUCUCUGCACUCCACAACGUCUCCUACCAGCUCCUCGCUGGCUCCCCGGCUCCCCGAAAAAAAUUCCUGGCAGUGGGACUGGCGUCCGUGCAGAGGCCACGUGGCUUCUACCUCCCGGCCACGCUCCAGUCCCUCUUCAGCCAGUCCACGGAGGAGGAGCUGCAGGAGAUGGUGGUGGUGGUGCACCUGGCUGACACCGAUCCUGGCUGGAACGUGCGCGUUGCCGCCACCAUCGCCCAGAAGUUCGCUCGCCACAUCCUCCUGGGCCAGCUCCUGCUGAUCCACGCUCCCCCUGAGUUCUACCCCAGCCUGGAAGGCCUGAAGAGGAACUUCAACGACGCAGAGGAGCGGGUGAGGUUCCGCUCGAAGCAGAACGUGGACUACGCCUUCCUGCUCGCCUUCGCUGCCAACCUCUCCUCCUACUACCUGAUGAUCGAGGAUGACGUGUGGAGCGCCAGGUCAUUCCUGACGGCCAUCCGCAAGGCACUGGCUUCCCAGGAGGGCUCCAACUGGGCCACCCUCGAAUUCUCCAAGCUGGGCUACAUUGGAAAGCUCUACCGCUCCAGUGACCUUCCUCGCCUGGCUUGCUUCCUCCUCCUCUUCUACCAGGAAAUGCCCUGUGACUGGCUGCUGGUCCACUUCCGCCAACUGCUCACCCAGAAGGACGUGAUCCGCUUCAAGCCAUCCCUCUUCCAGCACAUGGGCCUCUACUCCUCCUUCCAGGGCACUGUCAACCGGCUAAAGGACGAGGAUUUCCAGGCCGAUGCCUUGGAUGUCCCGGACAACCCGCCGGCAUCCCUGUACACCAGCAUGUCCAUCUUUGAGAACUAUGAGCCCCUCAAGGCCUACAGCUCGGCACAGGGCUACUUUUGGGGCAAAGACCCAGCAGCUGGCAGUACUUUCUCCAUUGUGUUCCAGCAGCCGGCUCGAGUCAGCCGUGUCCGGGUGCGCACGGGCUCCGCGGAGCGCCCGGGCGACUUCCUGCACGCAGGGCUGCUGGAGCUGGGCCAGCGCCGAGCCCGCAGCCGGGACUGCUCCUCCUACAUCCCUGUGGGCUCCUUCAAGAAGGGGAUCCUGGAGCAGCAGGGCCUGGAGAGGGUCCUGCCCGGGCCCGUGGAGUGCGUGAGGAUCCGGGUGACGCAGGACCAGAGCGAGUGGCUCAUCAUCCAGAGCAUUGAUAUCUGGACCACAGCAGGCAUUUGAGCAUAACCCCUGUGGGACGAUGUCAAAGCAGCUGGAUUUGGUUCUAAGAGAUCCUUUAUUUUUCACUUUCUCUUUUUGGAUAAGAAAUUAAGUUAUUGACUCCCACUGCCCUGUGUCUGUAGAGAUGGGAACCACUGGUGUGGGCUGUGGAUGGGUCUAGGAGCGGGGUUGUGCUCAGGAUGUGCCUGCUGGGGACUGGCCCAGUGAGCCAGAGAUGGGGCACAGGAAGGGGAAGGGGCUUGGGAGUAGUAGAAAACCUUUCCUCUUGGGGAGGAUGAUAUAUAAGGCAAAGCUAAUCAGCUAAUUAACUAACCAAGUAAUCAGGCAGCAGUAUUUUUUGCAGCCUCUCCACACUUUACCUGCUUAAGUUUUCUAAUCUUUUCCCAAAACUCUUGAUUUUUAUCUCCCUCCUCUCUGAUCCCAUUUCCUAGCUGCUCCUGGAGGGGUCAGGGGAAGGUCUAGGGCUGCUGCUCACCAAACCCCUCACCCUGCAGGCUCAGCAGGUUGGCGGCAGCCCUAGCUCCCAGUGGUGCCCAGCCAUUUCCCAGUGCCGAUGGGGAGCGACGGCCACCAGAUGGACCCAUCGGCCCGGCCCCGGCAGCGCCUCCAGCAGCGCUGCUUGGUCCCGCCCUCCGAGGGAAACAUCAGUUCCCAGCGACCUCAUCUCGUGUUCAGGCGGGAUUCACACGGAGAGGGAAGGACAGGCAAGACAGGGUUUCUACAAAGGGGAGGAAGGCCCAGAAUUGAGCACCAGGUAACAAAGAUGAGCCAAAGAAAACAUGACCUUGGUAUAAUGUGAAACUCUGGGUUCUUUUUAGCUUAGUGAGGUGCUGAAGGGUAACUGGGGUACACACAAACUCCCAAAAGCUGCUGUUUGGGUUUGGCUGGCUGGGCCAGCUUGGAGGGCUGGAUGCUCCACUAGCAGCUGCUGGCCCCAGCAUGCAGGGCAGUGACUGGCACCUCCCCCAAUCAGGCUUUUAGCAGCAAUUUCUCAGCUUCCUGCAAAGGGAAGAAUUCCAGUCUUCCCAGAUUUCCCAUGGGAUAGGCCAGAGAAGUCAAGUCACUAAGCUGUGCCAACCAGGACUCUGGUCUGCCCUGGUUCCAAGCCUGGCUCUCCUGGAGCAGGACAGUCACUGUCAGCAGGGAGCAGUGCCAGGGACCCUCCUGCAGUGCCAUAACCACAGCUCUGGCUUGAGGAGGCAUCAGAGCUCACCUGCUGGGCACUGGGAGGCAGAUGGAGAGCCCCAGACCUGGCAUGUUGAGAUUUUUCCCCUGAAGAAAAAGCCACUCAGGUAGUUGAUCUUUGUCUGCAUUUAAUACAGAUGUGCUACACCAUAAACUCCAAAUGUUUUCAGUGGGAUCAGUACGCAUGGCAGAACCACUGCUGCUUCCUCCACACAGCCCAAGUACUGCCAGAGCUCUUGGAGUGUUCUGAGUGGCACAAGUGUUCACUUCCCAGGGCCCUGACAGGUGUUUCCAGUGCUCCAGGAGAGCCUUUGCCCCAGUUCUCUUGGACAAAAAUGCUGCUGCCCACCCUGGGAAAACACCAAGGGUCACCAGUGUGGGUCCAAAUGGAGAAGUUUCACCCCAGGAGGUUUUUAUCUACUGGUAAAGCACGAAAGAUAUGUAAACCAGCUUUUUACCUGUUGGACUCUUACAGAUGUAGGUACUAACAGGUUUUGUGAUAUUCACCUGCCCAGAAGCAAGCUGCAGUCUCAGUUAUGCUGGUGUAAACCUGGACAGACUCCAGAGAUAUGGGAAUCUCUCCAUUUACAUCAGGAUAAGUGGAAGCAGCAGUGCCCACUGGCAGAAGCCCCUUCUCCUUUGUUCCUGUGCUGCACACAUGGCUCAGCACCACAAUGUCCAGGGACCAUCAGUGCACACUGGAGGAGGAGGAGGUGGUUGCUGCAUCCUGGAGAAACAUUACAUAAUUUAUCCCACAUUAAAAUUCCCCCAGUUUUUUAUCCCAGGAAGACUCAGCCAGCUCCCAGUGCUCCAUUCCCAGCCCCUGUCCCUGCUGGGGUGGGCUGAUGGAGUUGUGUGUUCAGCCGAGCUCCAUGUGGCAGCCAUAGCCCGGGGCCAGCACAGCUGGGCAGGGGAAGGACAGGGGACACUAUCAGAGAAGCCUUUGGGGCUGCUGCUCCCUCUGGAGCCGGUGAAUCAGGGAGGGUUGGAGGUUCCAUUCCAACGCUGGGCAGAGCCCACAGAGCCUAGCUCAGCAUCUUGUGCCGGUCGAACACCGUCUUCCUCUGCUCCUGCACCUGCCGCUUCCAGCGCUGCUGCGCCCCUUCCACCCGCUCCAGCACCGUGUUGGCCCUGGCAGCAGCCAGGCUGGGCACUCCGGCCAGGGAGCGAGCGUCCUGCAGGGAGAGGAGUGGGGCUGGAGAGCAGGCAGUGCUCAGCCCGAGCACAGAGGGACGAGGGACUCGGGAGAAACUGCACCUCAAAGAGCAGUUCAAGGUCUGAGCUGUUCUGAUGAAAAACCUCCUUUUCAGAGCUCCUCAACACCAGCCCCCAAGCCCUUGCUCUUGGGAAUCACCCAUGACUCCAGAUAAAAGUCCCCAGGAGAGGAACCACACAAAGCAUAGAGCUCUGCUGGAAAUCCACUCUUGGGAGUCUGCAAGGAGCCACAGUGCUGAACUGAACGACAUCCCUCCACUAAAAUCAGGCUGACAAUGCAUGAAGAUCUAUCAUGGCACAGGAACAAGGCCUAUCCCAGAGGACUUGUAUGCUGGAGUGAGAUAAACCUCACCUAACACCAGGCAUUUAUCAUGCACAUCUGGAUCUACAUCUGAAUUACUGCUGCAGAGCAGGGUGCAAACCCGUGACUGGGAUACAAUCUCCUCCUGCAGGACCUUCUUCUUGAGGAGAGAGAGAGGCAGUGGAUGGACUGUGAACACUGGAGCAGCUGCUCCUCACUUACACUGGGGUAUGAAGGAAUUGGGCCAAAUAGUUUAUACUCACAACAAAGUACAAAUAUGACAAUCCAACCCAGUGCUGCAACUGCAUGAAUUUUAUGCAGCAAGAAAUUGGUCCUCCCCCAGAACAGGUGUGUGACAAAAAGAGGGAAAGAG